GGAUUAUUGGCACCCCAACCCAGCCCCCUCGCUCCCUGGAUCUUCUUCCUCCUCGCCCGAGCGCCGCCACCCAUCCCGCCGCCGAGCGCCCGAGCCCCCUAGCUCGUCUUCCUCCUCGCGCGAACGCCUCCACCGCAGGUUGAUCUCCCCUUCGAUUCUCUCGCUCCCGACCGUUUCUCCUCCCAUCACCCCACGAACGGAUCCCGCCCUUUAGCUCCCCGUUUCAUAAUCUUCCCCAAUCGCGCCCUACUGGGUCCUCCACCCGUGCGGCCGACCGAGAGCUGCGUGGCAGAGGAUGGCGGCGUUCCUGAGGUCCAAGUGUUCGUCAGUUGGGCGUACUCUGAUGGGAAGCCUUGGAAACAAUCUGUAUGGGGGUGUUAACUCGUCUGUUGAAUCAGUGACAAGGCCAUCUCAUUGUGAUGCUAUCACCCAGCAAAUCAGAACAUUCAUCCAGAUGAGAACCAACCUCAAGGUGGUAGACAACUCUGGAGCCAAGCGGGUUAUGUGCAUACAGUCCUUGAGGGGGAAGAAAGGAGCGAGGCUUGGGGACAUGAUAAUUGGUUCUGUGAAGGAAGCACAACCUCGUGGUAAGGUCAAGAAAGGUGAAGUGGUCUACGGGGUGGUUGUCCGUGCUGCCAUGAAGAAAGGACGCAACGACGGCAGUGAGAUCCAGUUCGAUGACAAUGCGAUAGUCCUGGUGAACAACAAAGGCGAGCUGAUCGGCACUCGUGUCUUUGGUCCUGUUCCCCACGAGCUCAGGAAGAAGAAGCACCUGAAGAUCUUGGCGUUAGCUGAGCACAUAGUUUGAGUCGUCGCCUGCUUAGUCAUAUCUCGCUGUCAGUUCUCUGGAGCCGGGAUGUGCUGGUUGACUCUCUUUUUUCAUCAUUAUGUGUUGCAAGAAUGCAGUCCAAAAAGAUAAUAUGUGCCAACGAACCGUAGAAAGCCCCCCUGACUCAUGUUUUGUACCGAAUUACCCUUGAAGUCAUGCUUGAACGGUGAAGGUGUAUCCCUUAUUUUUUUUCUCUUUUACCUGGGAUCAAAACAUGGGUUGCUUGAAAUGCUGAGUUCAUAGUUUA